GUAACAAAAGCAGCUUCCCACCCCCAUCAGGCGAGAAAACACGCGAAUCACCAUCAGCUGUACCUCAGUACCGCCAUGCUGGGAAAAAGCGGGUGCACCGCCGGCCAUAACAGAAACGAAUAAAUUUUAAACAAAAGAGACCGGACCUACACACUACAGUUGGUCGGUUGCUCGUUUGCUCGCAUGAUAGUGAGUAAUAAAUUAAUGAAGAUAAAAGAGAAACGGGAUUUAAGCGGGGGGUGAACGAGUUUAAAAAAAGGCGACCUAACAACCCUCCAAUCCUUCGCGCCACAGAUGGUCCUCCGGGAAAGUGCUCGGGACAAGUGAAUUGAAAAAUAGGAAAACCAAAGCGACAGGAAAAUCGAAGUGAACAUCAUGCGACCUCAGUGAAUCGCUAGCUAGCCAACGACUGCACUGCUGGGAAUAGACCUUGUAUAACCCUUGUAGCGCAAAACUACAGUGUAAGUGAAUUUCAACCCAGAAAAAAAGUUGUGCCAGGGAUUUCCAAAAGGGAUCGUGGAGUACAAUAAAAAUAGCAACGAGAAGUGAGAUGCAGGAAGUUGAAUAUUUUAACGAUACCUUGAGUGGCGGUUGUGGCCGCGUGGAUGGGAGCGGAGGUGAAACAGGGCAAGACCAGCAACAAGCCGGCAAGAAGCAUCAUCCGCGGAAAUGUAGCUACGAUUUACUGGAACACCGCAAGUAUAACAAAUGCGAUGAAAAUGUAAAUUAUACCGCAGAUCCACUGUUGCUGUUCACUUCGCCGCCGUCGUCUUCUUGCUCGGACGAGGAUAACUCACCCACGGAAAUGAACAACUGCAUUAAGUUCGCGGAGAAACCGACUUUGAUCAAACGCUUCGCCAUGGGAUUUCUGCGUUCGAACGAGGAAAGCCUACCGCUAAUGUGCCAUAAAUCGUCACCUACGUCGCCCCAGAAAAAGCUGAAUGACAUCCUGGCCGAGGAUAUUUACAGCCUGGAUCAAAUCGUAUCGAGCAAAUUUGGCGACUCGUGCAAACAUUCACUCAUCGGUCAUCAUCCAGCUCCACCGUUGAGGCCGGACGUGGAGUACGAAUUUCGGCGUAAUCUUCUUAUACGCCAGACUAACAGUGCCAACUCGAGCCCGAAACGGUUCGUUCCCAACAUCAAGCGAACAGACAGCCUGAACAGCAUCGAAGACAACGAUUUGGACAGCGCUUCCUGGUUCCAGGCUGGGCUGCCGCGGGAAAUUUCAUUGGAAGUGCUUACACAACAGGCGCCCGGUGCAUUUCUGGUACGGCGAAGCACCACCAAGCAAGGCUGUUUUGCGCUCUCGCUGAGGGUUCCUUCUCCCGGACCGAAGGUGGUGCACUAUUUAAUCCUGAAGACGGAACGAGGCUAUAAAAUUAAGGGCUUUACAAAGGAAUUCUCGUCGCUACGAGCGCUGAUAACGCACCACUCGGUGAUGCCGGAAAUGCUUCCGGUUCCGCUGUCGCUGCCCCGGCCCCAAAACAUCCCAAUCAAAUGCAAACGCGUCGACGACUACGACAGCUACAGCACCCUGCACGAGUUCUCCAAGCUGUUCUCUGAUCUGGACCUAUGAUAGUUUGUCACCUGCCAUCAGAGAUGCCGCUGAGCUUGAAUGGGAAGUGAGAGAGGAGGAUAGUUUGGUUCACUGACGCUGCUUUCGCCGUUGUCGCGAUGCGAUAUGUUGAUGGUGAUGACAGCGAUGGGAAGCAGCAGCUAAAAGUGAAUGUUUUACCAGACGACAGGUAAACUUUUUGAUGAGUUUGUAAAUAGCCCUUCUUGUGCUAGCGCCACACUGCGAGACACGGCGCACAGUGGGACGAAUCCGGAAAUAGACGGUCAAAACCCCUAAGAGGCAUUUUAGUAACGGACAGCACCCAAUACUGGACAUCAUCUUAAAAUUGGAAACAUCAUUAUCCAAUCAAGAUGACAUAAUAAUAAGACAAAUAGAAAAUACAAUUUUUGUCUGGUAAAUUACACCAGCCAAAGAAUUUGUUUAUAUAAAAGAGAUUGGAACUCAAUGAGCUAUUUCAGAACAAUGUCUCAAAGACACCUAUGAGAUAAAUUGCCUCUCAAAGGUUUUGAUCAUCUAUUUUUCAAUCUCGUCCCGCUGUGGUUGUUCUCGCGCACAGCGGGGGUGUUGCAUUAAUUUUACAUGAAGUAGCUGUCGCGGGGUGCCACUUCCGAUGGCUAAAGCUUGCUAGGGUGAUAGGAAUCGCUGUCAGAAAGUCAUCAUUCCCCGCACAGCGCAAAUUCACAAUCAAAAAUCAAUACCUUAUACUGGGUGGAUAGGAAAGAAAAAUACUAUAGCAUACAUCUGUAACCGUUUGAUAUUGUGAUAUAGCGUUAUAUACAUGUACACACGUCUGAAAGGAAAAUUACUUUACACAGGAAAUUGGCUAGUCAUUACCUAAAGGGGACACAGUUGUAAAAGGUUCGUACCUGCACUGGUCACUUAGUGGUGUUAUCGAAACUAGAAAUCGGAAAUAAAUGACUUUUGAAGUUAAACUCA